AUGACAGAUGCAUUGUAUGCUAAGGCAGAAUAUCUCUGUCUGAUUGGGGAUAAGGUUUGUACUGAUAAUAGCUUUGAUUUUGUUUCUGUUAACAGGAUAAAAACUCCUUAUGAUUACUACUAUUGUCUUGUCAUCAUUGAUGAGAUGAGUUGAUGUCUUCAGGGUUUUAUUGCUCUGUUGUGAUGAUUAUUUUUAUAUAAUUAUUUUAAAAAUGUAUUUUUCUUUCCAUUUCCAGGAAAAAGCCCUGACUGUGUUCCUCCUCGCAUAUGAGAAGGCAGUAGCCCUUGGUUACAAGCUGGAUAUCUUAUUUUAUCAAAUUCUCAUCGGCUUGUUUUACCUUGACAAUGACCUUAUCACACGGAACAUAGAUAAAGCCAAGACGUAAGUACAGACUAUCGUAUGGUUUCGUACUUAACUAAGUGAUAUCAUCGUUACUCAGAGGCUGCUAGUAUCAAAUGUAUGGACAAUUUUAUUUUCAAACUGCUGAUAAUAACAUUUUUUUACAUAACCGAAGUGCAUGUAAAAGAUUAUAAGAUUGUAGUUUAUGUGAUUUAUUUGCACACGAUAAGAUUGUCGUAUUUGUCACUUUUAACUAAUAUUAACUUAUACUGGUAUCUUAGAUUAGCUAAAAUAGUUGUUAAAAAUGAUUGAAAAAUAGUUAUAUUUAGGUAUGACUUGUUUUCUAUCAGCCUUAUAGAGGAAGGAGGUGACUGGGAUCGGCGUAACAGACUCAAAGUGUACCAGGGAAUCUACUUUUUAUCCAUCCGCGACUUCAAAUCUGCUGCUAAUAACUUCCUAGACAGUAUAUCUACUUUCACAUCAUAUGAGCUGAUGGAUUACAAGACGUUUGUUACUUAUACUGUACUUGCAAGUAUGAUUGCACCAGAGAGGGUUGACCUAAGACAGAAGGUUGGUUAGCAUGAGUCAGCUUCUUAAUAUUAAACUUCUCAAUUCUGAAGUUAUGAAAUUUAAUCUUUAUUUCCAGUAUUAUCAUGAUACAGUCUCUUAAAGCAACCAGCUAUCCAAAACACCAAAGAUUUCCAAGUCAAAACCUUACAGUUGGAACCUCUCGUAAAUAACUGAUUCCUGCAUGCAACUGUGACCCCAUUUUUGGCUGACAGUUUAAAUAAUUUUCCAUUCUUUUAAACCUCUUGUAAGCAACCACUUGACACAGGAUCUGAUCUCUCUGUUCAAUGUGUGUACUACAACUGUAGCUAUGCUACUUUUAUUAUUUUUAGAGAAAGAGAAGAGCUCUUAGGAACAACAUGGAACUUAGCAUAUUACAACUUACUUUGCUGUACAAAGAACAGAUACAUGUACAACAAUAAUGUUGUUUCUCAUCUGUACCAGUUUUUGACAAAAAUAUGUAUUUUAAUAGUUUAAUAAAGUUAGUUGUUGACUUGUGGUAUUAAAACCACUUUCUACUUUGCAAAUGACAAAGGUAUUUUCAUGUUUAGGUUGUGAAUGGUGCUGAAAUCCUAGAAGUUCUUCAUCAGUUGCCAGUUGUAAACCAAUUCCUGACAUCCCUAUACAACUGCCACUAUGCUGAUUUCUUUGUAGCCUUGGGUAGGAAAGCUCUACUUUUAUAAAUUCCCUCUAUAAAAAUUAAAUUAAACCCAUGGGGAAGGUGCCUUGUAAACCUGAAGGGAGCCUUAAGCGAGCCAGGACAAUAACCAUGACAACCAUUUGAGCGGCACCCACCAGGCACCCUCACACUGAGAACCUCAGUGGAGAAAAAUGUGCAGAUACUUACCAAAAAAACAUCCAAAGGGAAGGAAGGGCUGGGAGCAAAGAAGGCUAAAGCUACAUGUAGUGCGCGUGAAAGCAACGUGAGCAAAGUGAUUGACCCCAGGGAAAGCACUGUAAAGUUGACCACCCUACUUAUAAUAUGAUUGGUGAUAAAGACCACCAGCAAACAUUGCCUGGUGUUUAAUCUCACCUAAAUUGAAGUCAGCCAAAUAGUAUUUUGCUGGUGUCACAAUAGCUUGCAUACAUAUAGGCAAAUCUUAUGGUGUACAGAUGAAGAUCAAUAAUGAUGAUGAUGUAUUUUUUCUCUCCACAGCACAAGUAGAAGAUUUUCUCAAACAAGAUCGCUUGCUCUAUCCACACUGUAGAUACUAUAUCAGGGAGAUGAGAAUACACGCUUACACCCAGCUGUUGGAGUCAUACCGCAGUCUCACGUUGCAGUACAUGGCUAAUGCAUUUGGAGUUAGUGAGGAGUUUAUUGAUAAGUAAGCAAAGCACCAUUUAUUUAAAACAGAUUCAAGCUGAAUUCAAUUGCUGAAUUGCUUGUUACCAGCUCACUUCUAACCUUGCUUAAAGCUUAUUUACUCAGGAAAUUUUUGCAGCAAUUUUUGUGUUUACAUGUACAGUGUAUGUGGCAAUUUUUUUCACUUGUAAAUUGCCAUUGUUUUGAACCUGCUGGAAAUUUGAUAUGAUAUAUAAGCAGUUUUUUGAGAUUCACUGCAAAUAAUUAUGUCUUGACAUUUUCCCCAACCCCUCCCCCCUUCCUGAGUAGCUUAUCACACAAUGAGAAUAAAUAUUGCAAGAGAAAAUCCUUUGUAAAUUUAUGUACAAUUCUUACUGAAUGCAUGCACAUCACUAAUUGGAGUACAUGUAGUGCUGUAACAAUGUUCAGUGCUCGACUUUCAGAAAAAAAUCUUGGGGCCAGCUGGCCCCCAAGUUUUCAUUUUUGGUUGCCAGAACAAGUAUUCUGGUUGCCAAAAAUUAUAUUUAAGAACUAAUGAACCUUCUAUCACUAGUAAUUUAAUCAAACGUGUUUUGACCAUCUACAUGUAUUUCAUGAAACUUAUGCAAAGCUCAGCCUUUCAACAGAAGCAUCUUGACCUUUAAAUAUUGUCGUUGCCCGCACUCUGCAACCUUCAGUUGUUACUAGUUGUUAUGUGUAUAAAAGUUUUUUUUUUUUUUUAAUUAUUUAUUUUAUGUUAUUUUAUUUUAUUUCCAGAGAGCUUUCAAGAUUUAUUGCAGCUGGAAGAUUGAACUGCAAAAUUGACAAAGUUGGAGGUGUUGUUGAAACUAACAGGUAAGUUUGUUUACAUGUACAACAAUGUACUUCUAAUACUUAGCACUGUCACCGCUCUUACAUGCUCCCAGUUCUAUUUUAGAGUUUCUUGUAGGAGGAUGGUACAGGUCUGUCAUUUAAAGAAUUUAUUGUGUCUUGGGAAAAAUUUUUACACAAACUAUUGUUGUUUUCUUGUUUGUGUACAUGUGAGAUAUGCAACUGAAACGUGUAUGUGUAGACAACUGUAGAAAACUCCUACAUUGUUGCCAGGUUAAUGUAAUGUUAUUCAUUCAUUUCAUCAUCCAUUCAUUCAUUCAUUUCUUUAUUUAUUUAUUUACUUAUUUACUUAAGUAUUAACAUGGUGACUUUGUUUCUUUUCAGGCCUGAUCACAAGAACUGGCAAUACCAGGUAUGACCAUUGUUUUUGACCCUUUAAACUUUUAUAUCAAAAUAUAAAUUCUCAUCUACUGUUACUAUACUUUUUCUGUAGAACUACUGUGGUGCAUCAAAUAUAUGAUUUACCUUGUGUGAUCAUUUUCUGAAUUCUCAUGCUCACUCUGUUGUACAAAACAAAUAUAUAACAAGGAGAAAUUAUAUGCUAAUCACUGAAAGAGUAUUGAACAGUCAAUUAAGUAUUUUAUCGCCCUCUGUCGUCAUUUUGAAACUGUCUUUUUGUUUUAUUUUGUUUGUUUGUUUUUUGCUGUAGGCUACUAUAAAACAGGGUGAUCUGCUAUUGAAUAGAAUCCAGAAGCUCAGCCGAGUGAUAAACAUGUAGCCAAGACGAACCGCCUUAUCAACCUUCUCUUGUCUGCGAGAUGAAAGAAUGGCUACUACCAUUCCAAGUUAUUUAUGCUUUUGUAAACAGUGCAUACCUCAAAUGUAGACAUUUACCUUUCAAAAAAUAAACCUUUUUUAUGGGA